GACGAACCCCUCCUUGACAAAUCUUUCUCUCUAGCAUUUUUCUUCUCCUUGUUCCACUGCAUUUUCUGCUUGUCUUCUUCUGCUCUAACUUUGUUUCCUUUGGUGAACUGUUCUCUGUUUCUCAUUGAAGUUUGGUUUUUCAACAAAGUGUCUUUCUUCUGGGCUGGAAAAAUGUUCGCUGAGACAGAACUUCUCUUCCCAUAUUUUCGAAAUUUCUCUCAAGAGUUUCAACAACUUGAGGAGUACUGCAUGACCCAAAAGUCCUGUUCUUCAAUGAAUGACCUCGUUCAAACUUCUGCAAUCUCAGAAUAUGAUUUGUUAAUAGAGGGAGAUCUGUUCAAAGCACCUGAACCUAUUCUUGAAGAACCAGCAAUAGACCUCGAUCCUGUGCAAGCAGCCAUCUCAAUGAUAUCUUGCGGGGAGGAUGUCCCCUCACAGGGUCUAAAAUCAUCAGAUAUUAAUAUACUUCAAAAUGAACAGCUUCUGAGUGAGGUAUUCUACGAGUGCAAAAAAGAUCUCUUAGAAAAGACAGUGAUAGAGUCACCACUCAAUGAUAUUAUGGAAAUCAAGGUUCCACCACUGAACAUUGAGGAUAAUUCAAUUGAAGUAAACAAAUCACUUCUUCACACUACUCUACCAAAGAGCAUCAGUUCAGGAAGUCUGAGUUCAAUGGACUGGAUGCAUGGAGCUGCAAUGAAGCCAACUUUUCUGGAUUUUCCAGGAUUAGAUUUCAAUGCAGUUUAUGGCAUGCGGAGAGCAUUUAGCGAAGGAGAUAUAAAGACUCUUAAUACUGGCAACACGAGCUUAUGCCAAUCUCCACAGGAGAGACCUUUGUUUCUUGGCAACUGCACUAGUGAAGAACGUCAAGAAAAGCUCUCCAGAUACAGAAACAAGAAGACAAAGAGAAAUUUUGGGAGGAAAAUUAAGUAUGCUUGCAGGAAGGCACUUGCUGACAGUCAACCAAGAAUCCGUGGAAGAUUUGCAAAGACAGAAGAGUUAGAUGUGAAGAGGUAAUGAGUGCUAACUGACCCAGUUGGAAUUGAAAGAAAGCAGGGAAUGAAGUGUUGUAUUGUAUCUUAUGAAGAUGUUUGGAAGGGCUAUCCGCGUGAAAACUAUAGACUUGGUGGAGUUUCUAUAGCUUGAACAAACAAGUUUUGCUGAAUGAAUGAAUAAAUGAGGGAGAGACCUCAAACUCCUUAGGGUAGUUUGGGCCUUAUCAGCUGUAGUAGCCUUCUUUGUAGAAUGACCUUCCACGUAUGUAAAUAUGGUUUGUUGAAUAAAAGAAUGGAAGAGAAGUUAAGGUUGUAUAAUGUUCAUAUUAUAUAUACUCCAAUAUGCAAUGUUUAUUUUUGUUAGUUACAUAUUUUCAAAUCUUCUCA